GGAAACAGAAUGUGCUCUGUGAGUAAUCGAAACAUAAAACUUCACUUCAGUUAAUACUUUGGACUGCAGGCUUCAAAUGGACAGAAACUCGGGGACUCAGUGACAGUCUCGGUUGCAUGCUUUAGUGUCAAGUGUGUGUUAGUCUGCUACGACUACUUGUUGGGAGAAGUCUCAGGUCACCCCAAACGAUGGGCAAUAGCUGCAGCGACUGGAAGAAGAAGCUGGACAUUUGGAUUUGGUGUCUGACUCUGUCCCAGCAGGGUAUGUUCUAAAGGGUCUCGGGGAAGGCGGGCAGAGAAGGACAGUGCUUACUUACCUUGUCUGAAGGUGCUUAUUAACCAUAAGUAAUGGAUUAUGUGAACACAAACACCAUUGAAAAUUUAAGGAUUGAAUUGCUCUUAAAUGUGGACAACAUCAAUAUGAUAAAUAUGAUGGAGCAAUUAUACCCUCUGGAGAUGACAAGCCUGUACAAACAGAACCUGAUGUCUGCCGCUGAAGAUGUUAAUGAACUUGAAGAGCGCUUAGAGUCCAUGGUCCUCAGCAAUCCAGCCACAGUGUCUACUGUUACAUAUGGGACAACAGAUGAUAUACUUUCUUUUGUGAAUUCUGUGUCGGACUCCUUCAAAGCAUUAUAUCCACAUGGAAGCCAGGAGUCAGGAGUUCUGGUUAAUAAGGUGGAUAUGAGCAUUAAUAAUGGUCGCUACAAAAUUGAUUCUGAUGUUUUGCUGUUCCCAUGGAAGCUUACUUACAGGAACAUUGGAUCAGAUUUUGUUCCUUGUGGAGCAUUCGGGAAGGUUCAUCUUGCUGUAGACAGACAGACAAAGAAACGUAUGGCAUGCAAACUGAUUCCAGUACAGCAGUUUAAACCUGCAGAUGUGGAAAUUCAGGCCCGAUUCCACCAUGAGAAUAUUGCAGAAUUGUAUGGAGCUCUGCUUUUUGACGAUACAGUUUAUCUUUUCAUGGAGGCAGGUGAAGGUGGCUCAGUUUUGGAAAAGCUGGAGACCUGUGGACCAAUGAGGGAGUUUGAAAUCAUUUGGGUGACCAGACAGAUUCUUAAAGGACUUGAUUUUCUUCAUUCAAGAAAAAUUAUACAUCAUGACAUAAAACCCAGCAAUGUUGUGCUAAUGUCAACCAAAGCUGUACUGGUAGAUUUCGGACUGAGCGUGCAGAUGACUGAAGAUACUUACAUUCCAAGGGAUCUUCGAGGAACAGAGAUUUAUAUGAGCCCUGAAGUUGUCCUUUGCCGAGGACAUUCAACCAAAGCUGAUAUCUACAGUGUUGGUGCUACCAUGAUCCACAUGCAGACAGGCAGCCCACCUUGGGUGAAGAGAUUCCCGCGCUCAUCUUAUCCAUCGUAUCUGUACAUUAUUCACAAGAUGGCGCCACCUUUAGAAGACAUUGCUAAAGACAGUAGUCCAGCCAUUAGGCAGUGUAUUCAUCUGGCAAUGGAAAGGAAUCUAAAGCAUCGGCCUACAGCAGCAGAGUUAUUGAAACAUGAAGCUUUAAACCCUCCUCGUGAUGAACAACCAAGGUGCCAGAGCUUAGACUCUGCUCUUCUUGAAAGGAAGAAAACAGUGUUGACCAAGGAAUUAAACCUACCUGAAAAUAUAUGUGAUUCUUCAUUAUGUAUCAGCGAAGACUCGGUGAUGAUGAAAAAGAAACGCUCUCUGUAUAUAGAUGUGGGAGCCAUAGCAGGCUAUUUCAACAUUGUACGAGGGCCACCAAUGACUGAAUAUGGCUAGUGGCAGUGAAGCCUUUCACAGUCUAAAAUACAAACAUUUGCCAUAAAACUGUUAGACUGUAAGGUCUUGCUGGCUUAAGGGCAGAAGGAGUGAGCGGGCAGUGUGACCUUGGAAGCUGCUUUAAACGAUUUCAGCAUCGCCUAAGGAUGCCAGUGACUGAAUAUGCUUGUGGCUGCCACCUCAUGCUGUUGGUGGGAAGUGUAGGGAGUUGCUUCAUAACAACUGCUAUAAUGAUGAUGAUGAUGAAGGCAGUGUUGCAAAUGCAUUGAAGCUACAAAGUGUUGUAUUUCUAAAUGGAUUCAGUACAGUACUAAGUUGCAGCUAGAAAAUAUUUUUUCUUACGUGUAUGCCUCAGUAGUAAGAUUGACAUUCAGCUGCACUGAAGAUGAAAUGUAAUCAUGAAAAAAAUUAAGCUCAAUGCAAUAUUUACUUGUGAAAAGUAUGCAGGUGACUUCAAAGUGGCAGUAAACUGAACCAAGAUAAUGAGGAAACUGUAUUAAUGUUUUAGAUUAAUUUAUAGUGGAACAGUGCUAAAAUCUGUAUAAGUAAGCAAGGAAUGAUUUUUGACUGGCAGUAUCAGUGUGAGGUACAGAAAAUGAAUGCAGAUUUUCAGGAAUAGCUGUAACCAAGUACCUCAUUGCACUGAUGGUUUCAGAAAGCUGAAUUUCAGAUUGAGCCAUUAAUAUUGCACCUUAAUUGGAAUUUUGUUCUCAGUGACAAGCUAUUCGUUUAUUGGAUUGUGUUAUUUCCUAUGGAAAUGUUUGUAAUUGCUGUGCAUAUGACUGAGUAGAUGUUACUGUGUACCCAGUUGUGUACAUCCUGUGGUAUGAAAGCAAUCGAAUAUACCCAGUGGCACUUGGGUAGUUCUUUUAUUUAAAGUGAUGGAGUUCGAAUGACAUACAGUGUAUGUUAAACAGCUAAUGCUUUUACUGUAGUAAUACUUUGUAUUUAUAUUCAUGUGUUAAUAGCUUGACAUUUGUUUUAAAAUGUUCUCUUACACCAUGCUGAACUGUUGACUGCAGGUGUAACCUGCUGUUUAUGGAAUCAUAGUAAUAAAACACAUUUUUAGAAAGCA